UAAAUUCGACUGAGAUCGAAGCGGAUCGUUCGGCCCGCUCUCAAUUUUGGAGCCAAGAAACCAAUGCUGCCGCUUGGCUGAUGAGAGGACUGUCACUCCAUGGUCCUCUGGAAAAUCUCAUUUCAUCCUCAGCACCAUCUCCAUACUAGCUAGUACAGCCACUUGACGACACCAUGGCACCCAAGGAACAGGCUCCCGACGAGGAACAAGAAGAGCAUGAUGAAGAAGAACAAGGGACGCGUCGAACUCGACGUCGACGCCAGAACAAGAAGCUGAAAAUGGGGGCGGAUUCUGGCUUGACAGAAGACGACCGCCGUAGAUUGAGGGCCGAGCAGCGCUCAUUGGGCAAGGAAUUGCAGACUGGUCCCAUGGACGAAGAUGACGGCGGUCAGUGGGUGGAACGAGCACGAGAGAAGAACAAUGAUCUCUUUAAGAAUGUCCGUUUCACUCGAGAAGCUGUGCUUGACGCGGAAAACGCCAACAGCAUUUCACAGCAUGUCUCGAGUCAGAUCAACAAUAUGGUGACUGUCCCUCGCUACAAACCAACUAGUUUGAUCAACAGCUUACAGAAAAAAUUGACUGCAGGAUCCGCCGGCACUUCGUAUUUUGAUUGGAAAACCUUGGGCGAGGAAGUGGGGGUCUGCUUCCGCUCUCUGCCUAGCUGUGUCAAUUUUCUGGUGGGUCCCUUGGAAAAUGGUCGCGUCCCCAUCAAAAAGGCCCGUGCCGUUCGCAAGCGCAAAUCAAUUGCGGAGGAGGAGACUUUGGAAGAGCAAAAGCCAGAGGAAAUGAGCAAAAAGGCCAAGAAAAACGCCGAUCAAUUGUCUCAAGCCGAACGAGAUUUGAAAAAAAUGGACAAAAUCUUGCAGGAACGAUCGCAACAGGCUGCGCAAGAAAACAGAGCCAAAUAUGACGAGGUCAAGGCUACACAGCCAGAAUUGCGAAAUGCGGCCAGGGUGGAGCUGCAAGAGAAGGGUAGCGAAGUCGAGCUGGUGCCGUUCUUAUUCAACCCCAAGUCCUUCACUCAGACGGUCGAGAACAUGUUCAACUAUUCCUUUUUGAUCAAGAAAGGCUCCGCAUCAAUUCGCAUGCGCAAACCUCUUGCGCCACUGAGUGAGUCCAGUGCUCCUUUGGGUUUGGAUUCGGCGGGCUGCUUCAUUGCUCCCGUCGAUGAACGUCAGGAUCAUGAUGGGACGGCCAAACAAUGCGUGCUUUCUUUCACAAUGAAGGACUGGGGCCGACUCUGUGAGGCCUAUGAGCUCGAAGGAUGCGACAUUCCUCACCGCAAAGGAAGCAAGCAGCAAAAGACCAACUUUAAGCAGCACCACCGACGACAAUCAUCGUCGCAGGAACAGGAAGAAGAGGAGGAAGAGCAAGCCGCCGAAGAAGAAGAGGAAAUUGAUGAGGCAGAAGAGCAGGAGGAAGAGUGAGCGGUUUACUCAACAAAAGAAAAUUUGACAUUAUUUGCUCUUCACUUCAUUGCGCCAUAUGCGGUUGGUUGGCUUGGUGAUGGAUCUGGGAACCGUUGAACGAAUGAUAGUUGAAUUAUCCACAAGAAAAUAAUAAAUGUACAUGUAUCUCUCUUCUGGCUUCUUGCAUCCUACUAAAAAAUGUUACAAAAUUGU